UUUUAGGGUUUCGGUUGGCCCAAGUCAGGCUUUUAAGCUCAUUAAGUGAUGGCAAACCAUCAAAAUUCCAGCCUCCACCAAAACCUGUCAUCAUUGACAAAACCCAGACCGUGGCAUCACAGAGAAGGUUUGUCAGUCCUGAGUUCAUACCACCAAGAGGAAGGACAAAUCCCCUAAAAUUCUUAAUUGAAAGAAAAGAUAUGGUUCAAAGACGGAAAGUCUUAAAUAUACCAGAGUUCUAUGCAGGAUCUAUCCUUGCUGUGACUAUGGCAGACACAUAUGCCAAUGCCAAAACUAGCAGAUUUGUUGGUAUCUGUACCCAGCGAUCAGGAAAAGGAUUGGGGGCUACAUUUGUUCUUAGAAAUGUCAUAGAUGGACAAGGUGUUGAGAUCUGCUUUGAACUAUAUAAUCCUCGAAUACAGCAGUUUGAGGUGCUGAAGCUGGAAAAGAGGCUGGAUGAUAACUUAAUGUAUUUGCGUGAUGCUCUGCCAGAAUACAGCACUUUUGACUUCGACAUGAAGGCAGUUCCUCUUCCGAUUGGUGAUGAGGUCCCAAUCAAUACACUGAAGGUAAAAAUGAAACCUAAACCAUGGUCAAAACGAUGGGAACGUCCAAAGUAUAAAGUUCAGGGUAUCCGUUUGGAACUCUAUCUUACAGAAAGACACAUAGAAUCAGCCAAAAAGCACGAAAAGCCCUGGCUUGAAUAUGAUAUGAUGAAGGAAUAUGAUACAUCCAAGAUUGAGGAAAAUAUCUGGUUGGAACUGCAAAGAGAAAUGAAUAAAUAAGGAACCUCUAAGGUCUGCUAAGAGAAUUGACAUUCCCGUCUUAUCAUUACUAGCACCAGAGACUGAUUAUAAUGUAAAGUGCUUUAUAGCCCUUUAUCCCACAAAAUGUAAAGAUCAUGGAGCAGUAAGUGUCCUUUGCUUAUGGAGUUUAACUGGAGGGUAAUAAAUGUAGAUAAGUUGGUUUAUAGUGCUCUACUUGUGUGGAAGAAUUACUUGUAAAUCAGGCAAAAUGAUUCACAUGCUUGUAUAAUUCAGGUUGUCCGACUACUCAUUUCUUUCUAAUGAGAAGUGCAAACCUUGUACUGUAUUAUUACAAGAUUCUUGCAUUCUUGCAAAUAAAACAAUUUGAAUAUA